AUGGCUUUGGUAAAAGAUGAAAACCCGGGGUCGGCGGAAGUCCUCCAAGCCUCCUUCAGGGUAAUCGACGGGGACAUUGUUCAGGCCGUCCAGGCUCUGAAGGAAACAAAACCUGACCCAACUCCCGAACUCGAAGGCCUAUUCAGCAAUCUGAUUCUGAACUUGGAAAGCUACAAGAAGGUCCACGAUAGCUGGGACUCGGAUAAUACCGAACACCAGUUCUCCCGUGGUGAACGACAAGUCAAAGACGCGUUUGCUGCCCUCUUCCCACAGACUUCAGCAGCCGUUAACGGGAGAUCGCGAGCCAAGACACUCAUGUCUCUGAACAUAUCCGCGCAGCCAGAUUUCGAAACCUUCAGAUUGGGACCGUUUGAGUUUCCGAGACUCUUUAACGGGCUGUGGCAGUUGUCUUCUCCAGCGUGGGGUUGCGGGAGUGCUAAGAAACAGGAGGAAGAGCUAAUUCAUCUGGUACAGGCGGGCUUUACCGCCGCUGAUAUGGCGGAUCACUAUGGAGAUGCUGAACUAGUGUAUGGGGCUUUCAGAAAUCGACUGUCCCCGAGUGUUCGUUCGCAAGUCCUCGCCGCAACGAAAUGGUGCGUGUUCGCACCACCGACUCAAACUAUCACGCCAGAUUUCGUGCUCGAAAAGGUCAAAGAAAGAUACCGACGCCUCGGUGGCCGAAUCGAGUUGCUGCAAUUCCACUGGCACGAUUACUCAGCCAAAGAGUACCUCAAUCUCUUGGUUGAGUUGGUGCGACUGACUGCAGUCCACCCGAACCUUGUGUCGACGAUCGGACUAUGCAAUUUCGACGCGGAGCACACUGUAGAAGCUUGCGAGUAUCUGAUAGCCAAGACAGGGUCAGUCGGGAUUGUUUCAAAUCAAGUCCAGUUCUCAGUACUAGACUCCCGGCCCCUUCAUCUCAUGGCUGGUGUCUGCGCGAGAUACGGACUCAAGCUCUUGACGUAUGGCUCAUUUUGCGGUGGUUUCUUAUCAAAUCAGUGGCUCGGUCAGCCUCAACCUGACGUCUACGCCGAGUCUACAAACUUGACGCCAUCACAGAGAAAGUAUUACGACAUGAUCACGAAUUGGGGAACUUGGAAAGACUUUCAACAAUUACUCGACAUUCUUUCGACGGUCGGCCAAGAACACGGAGUAAGCGUUUCGAACGUCGCAACUCGUUGGGUUCUUCAGCAACCAUCCGUCGGCGCAGUGAUCGUUGGAACCCGGCUGGGAGUAUCAAGUCACGCAGAUGACAACCUGGCAACCUUUGGCUUUAUCUUGACCGAUUGGGAUCUUGACAGGAUCAACGGUCUGGCGCUGGGCCCGAACCGCGGCAGGAUGAAGCGCUUAUUCCAUAGACUGGGAGACUGCGGGGCCGAGUACCGUACUGGCUAUCAGCACUCAAGUUGA